AUGACAGAACCAGUAAAAAAUUUUUUGCCUGGUGAUAUAGUAAUUUUUAGUGAUAAUGAAAUAAAUAACCCAAAGGAAAAAAAUUCUGGAUAUUCUUUUACAGAUAUUUGGCAAUAUAUAAAGAGAGGUAAAAGCCGUGGUAAUGAUCAUUAUGAAGCAACAUGUAGUUUUUGUAAUAAAAAAUGGAGUAGAGGAAAACCAGCUAGUCUUAGAGCACAUAUUGCAAAUCAUUGUACUGCUACAAAUAUAUCAGCUGAUGUACGAUCAUAUUUUAUCCAAGUUGUAGCAAAUGAAAAUGAAAACAAAAGAAAAUAUUAUUCAUCUGAUAAUGAAGCUAAAAGUUAUCAAAAUGCAUUUAAAAAACAAAAAAUAAUGAAAAAUAAAAAAAAUAAAGCUUCUGCUUGUCCUGCUAAAAUUAACAAUCACUUUCAGAAAAAGGAAAAAUUAAAUAAAAAUCCCUUGAUAAUUAACUUAUUGAAAAGUUUAAAUGCAAAUUAUAAUCUACCAUCUCAUAUACGUUUAACAGAAAUUCUUUUGGAAACUGAAGUUGCUAAAGUAAAUGCUAAAGUUGAUCAAAUUAUUGAAAGAAAUGAAAUUUUACUAUAG